CAAUCAGUUUUAUAGUUCAAUGUUAUUCUGUGGUUCAAUGAAGAUUGAAGGUGUUUAAUGCGUUUGUUUUUUUCAAUGGUUCUGUGCUGUUUCAUGGGUGACCGUAGGAGAGCGCGUGUGAUAGUCCCCAAUUUCUUAUCAGUAUCCAUUUUCAUAAAAACCUACACCGACGGUGGCCGCGGUCUAGCGAAGUAGCGAGCGCCGAUUCCGAGCGGCGAGCACUAGCCACUGGUGCCUGUAAAGUAGUGUUAUAUUAGUACUUGUUGUUUAUACUUUUAUAGUAGUAAUAAAUAAUUGAAAUACCGUUGUGCUGUGGAAGUCAUUAUAGUGCGUUUAGUUGUGUCAUUAUUAUUGUGUCGAUAAUUUAAUACUAUUGAUACUGAAAACGUCGGAUUGAUACCGACGUGAAGAACUAUUCCUCAACGUUUUAGUUAUUAUGCCGAAAAGUUCGUUCAUGAGACGACAAUGAACAUCAUAGCGAAUCACAAUCGUUUCCGUCCGAAACGCUGAGUAGCCGUCCGUUAAGGUAGGUCGGUGGUUGUGGUCAUUGCUGGGGUGUGUCUGGAGAUCGCACGGACGAUGCAACACAGUAGUGGCGUGAUCGGCAAACCGGACACGGUCAGACCGGCCAAGCAUAAUGGUGGCAACAUCGCUGGUAUGUAUGACCUGGAGCAGACGCUCGGCAAGGGUCACUUUGCCGUCGUUAAGAUGGCCAGGCAUGUGUUCACUGGUGAACAGGUAGCCGUCAAGGUGAUYGACAAGAACAAGCUAGAAGAAGUUUCUCGUAAUCAUCUAUACCAGGAGGUUCGUUGUAUGAAACUAGUGCAACAUCCUAAUGUUGUGAGAUUAUAUGAAGUGAUUGAUACACACAGUAAAUUAUAUCUCAUACUUGAGCUAGCUGACGGUGGAGAUUUAUAUGAUUACAUUAUGAGACAUGAAGGAGGAUUGUCUGAGCAAUUGGCUUGUGAAUAUUUUGCACAGAUUGUACGAGCAAUAUCAUACUGUCACAAACUGCAUGUGGUUCAUAGAGAUUUAAAACCUGAAAAUGUUGUAUUUUUUGAAAAACAAGGAAUUGUGAAACUUACAGAUUUUGGUUUUAGCAAUACAUUUUGUCCAGGUCAAAAAUUAGAAACGUCGUGUKGUUCGUUGGCUUAUUCUGCUCCUGAAAUUUUGAUUGGAAAUUCAUAUAAUGCUACUGCUGUUGAUAUCUGGUCAUUAGGAGUUAUUUUGUACAUGUUGGUAUGUGGUGAAGCACCAUUUCAUUCAGCUAAUGACAGUGAAACUUUAACAAUGAUUAUGGACUGUAAGUACAAAGUGUCCAGUCAUGUUUCAGAAGAAUGUAAAACACUUAUUGGUCGCAUGCUUGUGCGAAAUCCUGAGAAACGAGCUAAUCUUGACGAGAUUACUGCAGAUGUUUGGUUGAAAGAUGUCAAAGUGAUAAAUGAUGACGAGAGUCYGUUGGUGUCUAAACAAUUAAUUAACGAUGAUGACCAUGCAUUAAUUAUUCAAAAAAUGAUUAGUGGAAAAAUUGCAACAAAAGAACAAAUUGUGGAGGCUCUAGAUAAAAACGAGUAUAAUCAUAUUACGGCUACUUAUUAUUUACUUGCAGAAAGAAAAUUGAAGUCUGCUACACCAAAAAAAUCUCAAAAUUGCAAAAUUGAUCCGAAUAUUUCUCAGUUAAAAUUAGAUGAUAAUAAUUCUAAUCAAAAUAAUGCUACCAUGGUAGUCAAUGUUGCGCCUAAAUCUGCUACAUUAGCAUCAUUACAUUCUGAUCGUCCUAAAAGAACACGAAAGUGUAGUGUUGUAGUUGAAGAAGAAGAUGAAAAGGAAAAUGAGGAAGAUGAUGAUGAUAAUAGUUCAUUAAAUCGAAGGGGCUCUCGGUCGGAAGGAAAAUUGAAUACAAUAGCUUCUGAACUAAGAACAAAAAAACUUUCGAUUACUGAAAUUCACGAAACGACUUCAACAUCUGUUUCUGUUGCAUCUAACAAAACCCCACCACCCUUUGUGUCUUCUCACAGUUCACCACAGCUACUUCUUGAUGAUAAGCAAAAUAGAAUUAGCAAUUAUAUAACAUAUGAACAAAGACGGAGCAAAAUGCAUAAAAACCGUACAGCAUCCUGUAGCAGUUCUGAAACUAGUGAUGAUGAUACUGAUGGGCGUAAAAAGCGAGGCAGUAGUAGGUCUUUGGCUUCAUUUAAGGGUAAUGAUAAGGAUCCUGAUAACGAUGGAAUGGGAAAUGCUGGUGGGCAAGGGACAGAGCCAUCACAAGACCAUAAUACCGAUGACCAAAAAAGAGAUGAAAAUAGUGGAAAUAAAACAGAAAGACCAAGUGGAAGUGCUGCGGGCAGACGACGAUGUAUAAGUGCCAAUGUCAGAAGUCGUAGGGGUAGAUCAGCUGAAACUAGAUUAAGAGAGAGUCAUAGUUUGAAUCGUAUAACUGAAGUUCAAGAAUCUGAAGUWAACACCCCCAGUUCAACUGCUAACUGCGAUAAUUUUGAAUUCACCAACAAAAGUUGUCAUGUGUCUGUAGAAAACACUGUUGCUGAUAAAAACCCUGCAACCAUAUCAACAACUUUACCACAAUAUAAAAAACACCAGACGUCCAAACGUAUCUCUUUGUUUAGUAAGUAUUUGAAUUUACAAAAAAAAUUGUGUUCACAAAUUCUGUUUAGCAAGAAGAACACUGAUAAUCGUUUAUAUAAGGCAAAAUCGUGUUCAGAAAUGGCUAACUCCAAAAUUGCCAUAAGAGAAGUAAGUGCAGACAGGUGUUGAUCCCUUUGGCUCCACACAACAAUGAAUUAUUUAGUCAAGGUGUAUUCAACAAACAAUUCCUUUUUAUCAUUGAAUUUCCACAAGAAAUUAUUCCUAAAUUUUUACGGCUCCUAUUAUGACUUUGAACACAAUAUUCCCUGAAAACUAAUCUAUCACUCACUAAAUAUAUUUUMUAUUAUACUUAUUGACUUGUUUUAGCAUAGAAGUAUUUUUUUUUUUUAAGAAAAUUAAAUUUGUUAAUUUUUAACCAAAGUUAAUUUUUACACACAUAUAUUUUUAUACAUGAGACUUGCUUAAAUGUGCAGUACAAUUAUUAAGACGCACAUCAAACUAUUUGUUUUUGUUUAAGUUUUUAGUCAAUACCAAAUUGUUAUUAUUUUUGAUUGUAUAAUAUAUUAAAUUUAUUGGUUAAAAGGAAAAACAAUAACAUUUUACUAGAUAAUUAAUGAAAUCGACUAGUCAAUUUUACCCUCAAUAAAG